GAGCAUUUGUUGCUGUUACAUUAUACCCACCAUUACUGUACGUGCCAUACAACUGGUGAGAAGCCACGAUGAUCAAACUGUUUGGAGUUCUUUUAGUCAUUAGUUUAAACAAACCAUCCUUUCUUGACGCUCAUGUGCUUUCAAAACGUGAAAAUUUUCCGCGCUUUCCAGACAGUCCUGAUCUGAUCGACGACCCUUCUAGUGGAAGGAUCUUGUGGGCAGUAGAAGAUGACCGUGCGGAAUACAUGGAAGAUUACGUUCAAGAUAGCGUUCCGCUUGGACAUAUACAGUUUCAGUCAAUUUUAAUGGAUAGUUUGGGAAAUUUCGAAGAUUAUCAAGACCCGGAAAUACAGCAAGAUGAGGGUCUACUCGAGACUGAUCAGAACGAUUAUCCGCAAGAUGAACGCGAAGAGCAGAGAGACUAUGAAUCACGAUUAGUUCCUGUAGUAAACCAGACCAAACACGAAGUAGAAGAAAAACAGUACAAAGAGCAGUGGGAAAAGCAGGAAAGCAUUGGGACAAAUGAAAAUUCCGUAAAACGAGAGGGUGAAAUUAAGCAUCAUGGAAACAAAGUCUAUUUGUUCAGUUCUCAGGGGUUACAGACGCGAGGAAACGUAGGACUAUUUCAACGAGAAGUUUCAGGUUUAGUACCAGUUGGUAAGCAAAAUCUGCCAUUGGCACGACAGGAAAAACCCGAUGAUGGUAUGACAAUCAAAAAUCUUUCGCCGAUUAAGCCAAAGCAGCCUGCAGGGGGUACAAGUCACUUCUCGUAUAGUCAUCCUGAGCAAUGGUCUCUAGACAGUCCCGAAUGCUCCGGCAGAUUGCAGUCUCCAGUCAAUCUAGAAUCGAACAAACUCGUUGCUCUGGACGUGCCACCAAGCUUAAUUUGGACUGGGUACUGGAAUCCCCCCCAGAAUCUGACAAUCACUGAUACCGGACACUCAGUUCAAUUGAGUGGCUCGUGGCAAGAAGCGAUGACGCCGUUCAUAAGCGGAGGUCCUCUUACGGGAGAUUAUGUUUUUUCUCAGCUUCACUUUCAUUGGGGACCGAGAGACUCCGUUGGUAGUGAACACACAAUUGACAAUAAAAGUUUUCCAAUGGAAAUGCAUAUGGUUCACUACAAGAGAGAUUACCAGACGUUCGCUGAAGCACUCAAACACGACGACGGUCUAGCAGUGGUUGCCUUUUUGUUUGAGAUGAGCGACAUACCGAACCUUGGAAUAAAUUUACUCGAAGACAGUUUUUGCAAGCUUCAAAACAAACUAAAUGUACGGAUUCCAGUGAGCCCCUACCCAUUAGCACUGUUACACCAUACCUUUCAAGACGAAUACGUUUUUUACAUUGGCUCCCUGACAACUCCUCCGUGUCGUGAAAUCGUUACCUGGCUAGUAUCAUCCAGUCCACUUACAAUCUCGGAGAAACAGCUGGAUGCAUUCAGGAAAAUAAGUAAUAAAUGGCCAGAAAAAGAGAAUUACAGACCACGGCAGCCUCUUAAUGGCCGUAAUCUUUAUUACGCUAUACAUUGAGUAAUGAUGACAACUUCAGUUUGCAAAGAUUUAAAAUUCAAUAUUACAAUUUGUUAUAUGAAGAUUCACUAAUUGUAAGCAUAUGUUGUUAACAAAGGUAAUUAUCGAUUCACAUACAGUUUUCGGAACCACGCCUCCGCAGUUUUUAGUGGAAAACUUUAACGAUUUAUGUCACAUCAGACACAGAACUGAGGUAUCGCAGAAACUCUAUAAAAAUAGUUCAAGAUUACAUUAUUAGAGUUUUUCCGUCGUAGUAGAAUUGUAUACCUAUAGUUAUGUGAAAUGUCGAUACCAAAUUAUCGACACUACAAUUUUCAUUGUCAACCUUCAUACUUUUUGCUAAUAAAGAUAUGCAC